AUGGGACAUAAGGAGCAUGGAGGGACUUGGCACAUGGAAGCAGCUCAACUGGAUACGCAAAGGAAGAAGGGAGAAGCCAUCUUGAAGACCAGCUCGACCGUCCACUCGACCAACCGGUCGAGUUCCUCAACUCGACCGGCCAAGCUUCAACUCGAUCGAGCUGGGGAGUCAAAGUCAAACCCGAAAAAUCUCGAUCGAGUUGAAGCUUGGCCGGUCGAGUUGAGGAACUCGACCGGUUGGUCGAGUAGAUGGUCGAGCUGGUCUUCAAGAUGGCUUCCUCCUUCUUCCUUUGCGUAUCCAGUUGAGCUGCGUCCAUGUGCCAAGUCCUGCUUUGCUCCUCUCGUCCCACAAAUGCUCCAAAAGACCUAUUUCAAGGAUCAAACAUGCAUAUGGGUGAAUAAAGAUGAAUGGUAUGGUGCAAUCACAAUCAAUCAAUUCCUCUUAACCAUCAUAGUCAUUGAAUGCAAUAAAAGUAAACAAAGCAGUGAAGUGUCAGCUCGACCAAGAGCUCGAGUCGAGUCAGAGCAAAGUACCAGCUCGAUCGAGUUUAGGGACGAGUUGAGACAAACAAAGCUAAAGCUCGAUCGAGUUGAAGCUUGGCCGGUCGAGUUGAGGAACUCGACCGGUUGGUCGAGUGGACGGUCGAGCUGGUCUUCAAGAUGGCUUCUCCCUUCUUCCUUUGCGUAUCCAGUUGAGCUGCUUCCAUGUGCCAAGUCCCUCCAUGCUCCUUGUGUCCCAUAUGCUCCAGAAUGCUCCAAAAGACCUAUUUCAAAGGACCAAACAUGCAUAUUUACCAUAUCAUAUUCUAAAGCUUGGAGAGCUCAAGAGCACGCACAAGAGGUUGCUAGGGGUACUCCUGAGGAUGGUUACCAAGAUUUCCCUCGUUACUUCCAUAUGGUGAAAGAAAAGAAUCCAGGGUCUGUUACCUAUAUUGAUAGGGAAAAGGGUGGGAAAUUCAAGCGAAGUUUAGAGGUACAAGAUGGCAAUUUCAACAUGUAUCCUAUUGCCUUUGGUGUAGUAGACUCUGAGAAUAACGACUCGUGGGGUUGGUUUUUGAAUUGUCUUAAGACAAUUAUCCCUGAUGAGAGCGACUUGGUUUUCGUCUCUGAUCGUGCACAAUCUAUCGAGAAUGCUCUCCUGGCUAAUUAUCCUUUGGCGCAUCAUGGCAUCUGCAGUUUCCACUUUCAGAAGAAUAUUGAGUUAAAUUUCAGGGGCACACCUCUUAUACCAUUGUACAAGGAAGCUGCUAAAGCGUAUACAAGGUUCGAUUUUGACAACCUGCUCAAUGAGAUAAUGAUUUCAGAUGAAGAAGUUGGAAAUUAUCUGGUGGGUGCUGAUGUUAGGAAAUGGUCUAGAGCGUAUGCACCUGCUAAUCGCUACAACAUCAUGAUCUCAAAUCUGGCUGAGUCUUUAAACUCUCUGUUGAAAGAGCCUCGUGAAUACCCUAUUGUCUGCCUCUUUGAUACGAUCAGAUCAAUUCUGACAAGAUGGUUUCAAGAAAGGCAUGAGAAAGGUAUUCAACAUCAGCAUGCUGUCACAAUAGCUGUGGGGAAGAAAAUGAAGGAAUCAUAUGAUUUCUUUUCACGCUAA